AUGUGUCGUAUUAUCCUCGGAAAACUUAACAAAGUAUCGAACUGCAGGCGUAUGGAGAGGGCUAUUGUGGAGGCCGACAUUCGUCCGGAGGAGGUGAUAGCUGCGGUGGAGGCGGCUGUGACUCAGAAGGUAGAGGUGGCGGAGGUGGUGGGGACUAAAUUUGCGAAUUAA